AUUAGAUCUGCUGCCACAUCCACGCUUGACGCCACCAAGAGCGCGCCAAAAUGCGGCGGUUGCAGUACCGCCUCGCGGCUAUCCUCGACGCCCUACUCGCCGGCGUGCUGGCUUUUGGCGCCGCGGGGCACCGGUCGCCGGCGCCGCUGCGGUUCGCGCCGGAGGGUCGCUUCAAGGUGGCGCUGUUCGCGGACCUGCAUUACGGCGAGAACGCCUGGACGGACUGGGGACCCGCCCAGGACGCCGGUUCCGACCGCGUCAUGGCCGCCGUGCUCGACGCCGAGAAGCCAGACUUCGUCGUGUACCUGGGCGACCUAGUGACCGCGAACAACGUGCCGAUCGCCAACGCGACCCUGUACUGGGAGAGGGCGACUUCCCCGACCAGACGCAGGCGGAUUCCAUGGGCGACGGUGUUCGGCAACCACGACGACAUGGCGUUCGAGUGGCCAAUGGAGUGGUUCUCCCCUGACGGCGUCCCGCCUGUGCACUGCCCACCUUCAGUCUCGGAUUGCAGCUCCCGAGGGACGCCGCGGGUCGACCUGAUGACGACCGAGAUCGAUCGCGACGGCGGCGAGCAGGGGCUCUCGCGUUCAUCGGUCGGCCCCGAGAAGCUCUGGCCCGGCGUGUCCAACUACGUCCUGCAGGUGCUGUCGCGCGAGAAGGAACAAGACCCUGCUCUGCUCAUGUACUUUCUCGACUCCGGUGGUGGAUCGUACCCGGAGGUCAUAUCCGACGCGCAGGUGAGGUGGUUCCAGACCCAGGCUCAGUUCCUCAAUCCAGAUGGAAGGAUUCCUGAGCUGGUCUUCUGGCACAUACCAAGCACUGCGUAUGCCAAGGUGGCUCCAAAGGCCAAGAGUAAGAUAACAAGGCCAUGUGUUGGCUCUCUCAACAUGGAAGAUGUGGCUCCGCAACAAGCUGAAUGGGGCAUGAUGGAGUCUCUUGCCAAGAGGCCAUCGGUCAAGGCGAUCUUCGUGGGGCACAACCACGGGCUGGACUGGUGCUGCCCGUAUGGCAAACUCUGGCUCUGUUUCGCACGGCACACGGGGCAUGGUGGAUAUGGUGGCUGGCCGAGAGGAUCGAGGAUAGUUGAGAUGUCUGAAAACCCCUUCUCUGUCGAGUCCUGGAUCCGGAUGGAGAACGGGACGACGCACAGCCAUAUCGUCUUGGGGUAGUAUUCAGACUCGUUUGCGUUAGGAUCUCUUGGAUUCGCAAUGGGAACCUUUGGUGCUUGUGUUGGAGGCGGAGCUCGACCCGAAUUCGAUUUAGUAGCUUGCUGCAAGAGAAACAAAUAGUCCCACGUACAGACGUGCGAUCAGAUCGUGUGCUUUAGAAUUUCCGCUUCCACGGCGCCGCCAUGACGACCAGCCUGCCGGAGGAGCUGCACCUCGAAAUCCUGAAGCGCCUCUUGCCGAGCCCCCAGGUGCUCGCCCGCGCAUCCGCUGUCUGCAAGGAGUGGCAUCGCGUCGUGAACGACCCUGUGUUCCUCCAUGAGCUCUACCGUGCGCGCCGCGGGGCGCCUGUCACCCUUGGCUUCUUCCACAACUUCGACGACCUCCCCCGGAGGUUCGUGCACGUGGACGCGGCCGGCCCUGCGAGAUUCCCCUUCGACUCCGUUGAUCACAAGAUGAGGAAGUGGAAGUUCUUGGACUGCUGCCAUGGCCGCGUCCUCCUCCACGACGAACUCUGGUACAGGUUCCUGGUGUGGCAACCCAUGACCGGCGACCACCAUCUCGUUUCAAAUAAUGGCUCGUUCAGCAGAAGGCAUAGUGGCGCCGCACUAAUAUGUGAAUGCGGCAGAGACGGCGGUGGCGAUGACCGGUGCACGCCCUGCAACUCCAGCCACUUCCGCCUGGCCGUCGUGUCCAACGACAUGGUAACAGAUUGCCUGCACGCCAGCGUCUUCUCCUCGGUCACCGGUAAGUGGACCACAUCAGCAGCGGAAUUGCCACCGACAAAUCAGAUCCGCCCAGAGCCAUGUGUCAUCGUCGGCAAAACCUUAUACCAACCAUUAUUCGACUAUCUCGUCCUCGCGUUUGAUACGGACCACCGGACCCUAACAACUUUCGAGCGGCCAAACUUUGGCCAUGUCCGACUAUUCAAGUCAGAGGACGGCGUGCUCGGCCUAGCCGGGGUGCUGGGUUUCAUGUUGUGUGUGUGGGUACGCGACGCGGAUGCUUGGGUGACGCGCAAGAUGGUGGAUCUGAGCCAGAUUCUUCCUACUCAGGCAAUGCAAUCACAGAAUACAAACCCUUGGUUUACCUUUAUGCCGGUGAAGAUCAUUGGGGUUGCAGAUGGGGGGCAUGACCUAUUUUUGUUGACUGAGGUCGGCAUAUUCUUGUUUUGUGUCGACUCGAUGGAGCUCAAGAAGGUGCACCAGGCUACUCACAACAUGAAGACUGUUUACCCUUAUGGUGCUUUCUAUCUCCCACCUACUGCUCGUACUUCCACAUAAAAGUUGCAACUUAGCUCUCGAGUACUCCAUAUGUUGGUCUCAUAUGUUUAUUGAUGUACAACAAAAAUAUAUAAUUUAGCUUCAUUCUAUGUUAA